AUGUCUCUAGUUGUUCAAGAACAAGGUUCCUUCCAACACAUUUUACGUUUGUUAAACACCAAUGUUGAUGGUAACAUCAAGGUCGUUUACGCCUUGACCACUAUUAAGGGUGUUGGCCGUCGUUACGCUAACUUGGUCUGCAAGAAAGCUGAUGUCAACUUGUACAAGAGAGCUGGUGAAUUGACCCAAGAAGAAUUGGAAAGAAUUGUUCAAAUCAUGCAAAACCCAACCCAAUACAAGAUCCCAGCUUGGUUCUUGAACCGUCAAAGAGAUGUCAACGAUGGUAAGGAUUACCACACUUUGGCUAACGGUGUCGAAUCCAAAUUGAGAGAUGACUUGGAAAGAUUGAAGAAGAUCAGAGCUCACCGUGGUGUCAGACAUUUCUGGGGUUUACGUGUUAGAGGUCAACAUACCAAGACUACUGGUAGAAGAAGAACUUAA